ACCAGUUCCUUUUUAGCGUUCGGAUAGUGUGGACGUAUUUGACGUUAAAAAGGAUCCAACGUUUAUGUGGUUCAAUGCGGGAUUUCGAAUAACGUAUUUGGAUGAAAUUGUGCGGUAGAGUGAUGUUUGUUUUAAAUUAUUAAUGUGUGACCUUAUAAAGUGAUUUUUAGGACGAUUUUUUUGGUUUAAAUGUAGGUUGGUUUUCGUCACUGGAUGUGGUUAUUUUUAGCAGUAGCUUGUUAAACUUCGUGCGAUGUGAGUGUGAGUGUCUUAAUUUAGAGCGUUGCAUGUACAGCAUCAAAGUAUACGUCAACUAAAAUGAAAAAGAAGAGAAAAUCAAGAGGAAAGUGCAUCUAAAUAUACAAAAUCAGUAAAAUUGAUUUAUAAGUCUAAUAAAAACAUAUCAAACUAUAUAUUGUUUAAAACCAGACAGGACUGGCCGGUUAUAAAAAGUGAAGACGGAUGUUUUUAAAAAAUAAAAUAAUAUCAGAAUAAUUAAUAAAAUAGCAAAAACUCAAAACGAAAUAUUUUGACAAUCGAGUCUUGUCAAAAGCGCGCGUUCUGUCAAAACUGUUUUAAAGGUUAUAAGUGGCCAGUGUGAAGUGCGCAAAAAGUUCUGUUGGUGUUAAAUAGUGGCGUCAAAGUGGCCGGGGACGAGCACUUGGACAUGCUGGGGGGCCCCGAAUGGGGGCAGCGGGAGGCGACGCCCCCCCGGGACGCCCCCCUGCCGAGCUUCGGUUUUACACAGGAGCAGGUCGCGUGCGUUUGCGAGGUCCUCCAACAAGCUGGCAACAUAGAGCGCCUAGGCCGGUUCCUCUGGUCUUUGCCCGCCUGCGAGAGACUGCACGCUCAUGAAUCUGUACUAAAAGCGAAAGCAAUGGUCGCCUUCCAUAGAGGAAACUUUAAAGAACUUUACAGGUUGCUGGAAUCACACACAUUCAGUCCGCACAAUCAUACGAAGCUUCAGAACUUGUGGUUGAAAGCACAUUAUAUGGAAGCAGAAAGGCUCCGAGGGCGGCCGCUGGGUGCGGUUGGUAAAUACCGCGUGCGACGCAAAUUCCCCCUACCUAGAACUAUAUGGGACGGCGAGGAAACAUCUUAUUGUUUUAAGGAAAAAUCCCGAUCGGUUCUACGAGAUUGGUACCUCCACAAUCCGUAUCCCUCGCCUAAAGAGAAAAGGGAGCUAGCAGAGACCACCGGACUGACUACUGUACAGGUGUCAAAUUGGUUUAAAAAUAGACGACAAAGAGAUAGACAGGCUGAACAUAAAGAUAGUGGUGGCGGUGGCGACAAGCCGCUGGAUUCCUCAACGGAUGACGACAGCGACGCGCCGCACCCUCCCGCCCUCCCGCCGCAGCCCUUAUACCCGCUGUAUGAACACCCUCUAGCACAUCUGCAGUACCAUACCUGACAUAUGUACUAAGCAAACUGCUUACUGGCAUGCCAGUACAUGGCAAGUAGAAUAAUUUUGUUACAGCUACUUGCUAAGUUCGCAUCAUGUCAAGUUUACAUUACAUUUAGUCUUGUACGAUUUUGCCAGUAACUGGCAUGACAAAUACAAUUUACUAGCUUAUGUAUUUCUUAACUUAGUCACACUGAUCUGUAUAAAUGGGUAGGUAUAUGAAAUGACUGUUUUCUGUUAAACGAGUCUGUUAUUUAGAAUUUUAUUAACUGCCAGCGUUAAAAUGGCGAAAAAUCGCAUCUUAUCUGCAUCUACGUUAUCAUAUCUAGCCUGUCUAUUUUUACAGAUCAGUGGUAACGCUCUUCAAACUAUAAUAUAAUCUGUAGUGAUACAAAUGAAGUUUCUACCGUUUGUUUUAAAAAUAUUACAUUUUUUUUUACAACGGAGUAAAGUUACUUUUGUGUAAUACAAUAUAAAAGUUCCUUCUUUAAUGUAUUUUACUAUAUUAUGUCUUAUAUAUGCUUUUCCCUUAUCUUAUAAUUUAUUUUUAAAUUAACAAUUAGUACAUACGUCGCCUGCUAACGUAGACCUAGCUUAGAUCGCUGGCGAUACCUAGAAAAUACUAAAAUAGGAAAACUAGAUUUCAACUGUCUUUUGUACAAAAAUCUGCUAUUUUUUACCGACUUUCCAAAAGAAGGAGGUACUCAAUUCGUCUGUAUGUUUUUUUUUAAUGUAUUAGUUAUGUUUCUACAGUGGAAAUAGAUGUUAAAACUUUGUAUAUGUUAUUCAAUUCAUAUCUAAAUAGAAAUCUUACUAAUAUUAUAAAUGCGAAAGUUUAGAUGGAUGUUUGUUAGAGUUUGUAGCCUAAACUGUUGAAUG